ACUCUCACCUCUCUCUCUCCCUGAGAAAAGUCAAACUCUCCCGAGUCCCGGUCUAAACCUCUGUAAAUUUACCAAAACUCUCUCUGUUCUUUGCUUCUAAAUUUAUUUUAUGGCUGCCUCACUCUCCCUGCUUUGUUUCGCGCUCUGUUUUUCAAGCCUCUCUGUUUCAUUCUCGGAGAUUGUGCUCUUGCCUCUAACCCACUCCCUCUCCACAACCCAAUUCAACAGUACCCACCACCUCCUCAAAUCUACCUCCGCCCGCUCCACCACUCGUUUCCACGGCCAUCACCAGCAGCGCCGCCAGGUCUCUCUGCCUCUCUCCCCAGGCAGCGACUACACCCUCUCCUUCACUCUGGGCUCCAACCCCCCCCAACCCAUCUCUCUGUACAUGGACACCGGCUCCGACCUCGUCUGGUUCCCCUGUUCCCCUUUCGAAUGCAUUCUCUGCGAAGGCAAAUCCAAUCCCUCAACCGCCACUCCCCCACCCAAAGUCCCCAAAAACGCCUCUGUUUCAUGCAAGUCCCGAGCUUGCUCUGCCGUUCACUCCUCCCUCUCCUCCUCCGAUCUCUGCGCCAUUUCUCGCUGUCCUUUAGAGUCGAUAGAAAUGUCUGAAUGCUCCUCCUUUUCCUGCCCACCUUUCUAUUAUGCCUACGGCGAUGGAAGCUUAAUCGCUCGCCUUUACAGAGACACCUUGUCCGUACCCACCUCACUUCAUCCUUCUCUGCUUCUUCCAAAUUUCACUUUCGGGUGCGCCCACACCGCCCUUGGUGAGCCCAUUGGAGUCGCCGGGUUCGGCCGUGGCUUGCUUUCUCUACCGGCCCAGCUCGCCGGCUUCUCUCCCCAGCUGGGCAACUGCUUCUCCUACUGCUUGGUCUCUCACUCCUUCGACCAAGACCGAGUUCGCCGGCCGAGUCCACUCAUUCUCGGUCGCCACGACGAGAAGGAAAAGGACUUGGGAAAUGACGGGAUUCGGUUCGUGUACACGUCCAUGCUCGAGAACCCGAAGCACCCCUACUUCUACUGUGUGGGGCUCGAGGGAAUCUCCGUCGGGAAGAGGAAUAUUCCGGCGCCGGAAGCUCUGAAACGGGUUGAUAGGAGAGGGAACGGCGGGAUGGUGGUGGACUCGGGGACUACGUUCACGAUGUUGCCGGCGAGUCUGUACGACUCGGUGGUGACCGAGUUCGACCGCCGAGUCGGGCGAGUUCACGAGCGGGCGAGCGAGGUGGAGGACAAGACCGGGCUCGGGCCGUGUUAUUACUACCACAAGGUAGUGAAUGUUCCUCCCAUGGUAUUGCACUUUGUGGGGAAUGGAUCCAGUGUGGCGCUGCCUAGGACGAAUUAUUUUUAUGAAUUUUUGGACGGCGAUAAUAAGAAGAAUGUCGGGUGCUUGAUGUUGAUGAACGGUGGGGAUGACGAAGAGUUGGAUGGUGGGCCCGGGGCCACGCUUGGGAACUAUCAGCAGCAGGGGUUUGAGGUGGUUUACGAUUUGGAGGAGAGGCGGGUCGGGUUUGCCCGGAGGCACUGCGCAGCGCUUUGGGAUAGCCUGAGGCCCUGAACCGGAGCUAAUGUGGGUUGGGUUUGAGUACGGCUGAAACCGGAACUCCUGGGUUGACUUUUGGGGUUGUCUGACCUUCAGAAGGGCUUUGACUUGGAGGUUUGACUGCACUUGGAGACUCUGUAAAUGGAUAGGGUGGGGGAAAUAAGAGGAAUGCUAAAGAUUACUUAUUUUUGGGUUUAUUUUUAAAAUAAGAUAACUUUUAAAAUUAUCAUUAAAUUUAAUUAAAUGAUAAUUUUAAAAGUUAUCUUAAUUUUAAAAUGACACAAAAAUAACGCAGAAAAAAAUAAAGUGGCGGGUUAAGGGUUGAAUUUGCACUUCACUUUUUGCUUAUGCAUGUGAAUUAAGAUGUAUAAAAAUGUGGAUAAAUUAGGGUGAUGCUUGGAGCAAAAAAAUGAAGUGUAUAGAUUAUGAUGUUUAUAUUGUAAAUUAGGGCGUUUUAAAUGUGGAGGAGUGUUAUUAUACAAGUUCAGGAAUCAGAAUUGAUUGACCA